AGAUUCUGGUUUUAAUUCAUUUGGGUCGGGAAGAUACUGAUUUAUAGUCAUCACAUUCAGAAUCGCUAAAAUGUUUAGCAGUAUUCAAGUAAAAAGCUUGAUUUACUGAUUAGUCAAGUCAGUAUUUAGUAUAUACUAUUUGUCUAUUAUAUAUGGUUUAAAAUUUAACAUAUGAUAUAUUUAUAAGACUAUCACAAAUAGAACUUUUCGAAGAUGUUUUUUGAUAGAUUUUCUUUCAUACUUUUGAUAAUAUUUUGAUGGAAACGUUCAAUUUUUUUUAAAAUAUAUUUUUCUAUAAGCAAACUUCAUUUAUUAUGGUUCCAGAUUUGCACAUGUCUAUAUAUUUUUUUCUUCCUUUCCCCUUUGAAAGAGGUUUUAAUAAUGUCUUUUUAACAUAACAUGUACAUAAAUACAGGUAAGUUCAUUGUUGGCUUGUCCUUUUUGAUAAAGUUGGUUUAUUAAAAGUUCUUUAUCAUAUAUCCACACAAGUCCAAUGAUAGGUGCUCUCUAGCAUUCCCUUUCUUUUUUUUUAAAUUCGAUGUUUAAUAUUCAUCUUAAAAUUUCAUUAAAUGUGAAUUUGCAGGUUGCAGUACUUCUAUUUUGGUGUAUCGAUUUUGGAAUUUAUUUUAGAGUAAUAUUAUCUAUGGAGCAGCCUAUGUCUUUUGACUCUCAAUCAUAUAAUAUGGACUAUCAAGGCCACUUUGAUCUAGGUUUAUUUGGUCAACCUCUGGGCCGGAUUAUGCUACCAUUGAACUUCACCUCUCAUGAUGAAACCCCAAUAUUCGUCAAUGCCAAGCAAUAUCAUGGGAUACUUAGGCGUAGAAAAUUCCGCACAAAGGAAAUAGAGAAGAACUUACUUAAACCGCGCAAGCCAUUCUUGCACCUCUCGCGCCAUCUCCAUGCCAAGCGUAGACCUAGAGGAGGUGGAGGGCGCUUCUUGAACACGAGGAAGACGGAUGGAAGUAUCAACAAUGAUGCAAACGGUACAACCAAGACUAGCAACAAGAAAUGUCAUCACACUAGAUCACAAAAUUCUGAAGUUUUGCAGUGGUGUAUUCAAUUUUAACUCAACAAAGGAUACAACUAACACUAUUUCCUCUAUUGAUGCGUUUCUUGAUAUAACGAAUACUGGCCAUGACAUUCUCAUGGCCGGUAAGUGGGGUUCUGCAGCAGCAGUUGAUAACUGCUGCUGCAACAACCUCAGAAUUUGAUGACGUUUUUACCCUUACGACAACCAAAUUGAGGGCUAUGGACUCUGUUCCUACCGCGAUUUGGUUGCUAGAAUAGGCAGAUCAUCCUUGGCUAUACUCAUUAAGGUUGCUUAUCAUAUAUCAUUCCAUGUAGCUAUCCAGGUAGCUACAUGGAUGUUACGGAGUGCUAAAACCUUAAUGCACUUCUUUUUUAAAAGUAGGACGUAUAUCCUAAAUCGAAAGAAGUUUAUGAAGGUUCAAAAUUAUCGAGUUUGUGAUGUUGUGUAUAUGUUGUUUGUAAAAAUUGAGUUGAAGUAUGAUUUAGUAUUUGGUGUGUUUGAGACUGGACUUGUACUAUGGUAUCAGAGUAAGACUAAUCUCAAUCCAUUGUUUCUGAUGUUGAA